UUAAUUCAGUUUUUUAGCAAAAUGAAGAAGUGGAUGGACAUGUCAAAUCUACCACAGGAAUUCCGAGAGCGAGUGGAGAGGCUGGAGAGAAAUUUUGAGGUGUCGACUGUGAUUUUCAAAAAGUUUGAACCAAUAUUUUUGGAUAUAUUUCAAAACCCUUACGAAGAAACCUCUAAACCACAGCGAAGCAGGAAACAGAGACGGAUGCCAUGCGGUGUUAAAGAUCUCUUCAACUUCUGCUGGACUCUCUUUGUGUACACUAAGGGUAAUUUCCGUAUGAUUGGAGACGAUUUAGUAAAUUCCUAUCAUUUGCUUCUGUGCUGCUUGGACCUGAUUUUUGCAAAUGCCCUUUUGUGUGCAAAUAGAAGAGAUUUGCUAAAUCCAUCAUUUAAAGGCUUACCAGCGGACUUCCACACAACAGAGAUCAAAGCCUCUGAAGAUCCUCCUUGCAUCAUUGCCACACUAUGUGAGCUGCAUGAUGGGCUUUUAGUAGAAGCAAAAGGAAUAAAGGAACACUACUUUAAACCAUACAUUUCAAAACUAUUUGAUAGGAAGAUCUUAAAAGGAGAAUGUCUGCUGGAUCUUUGCAAUUUUACAGAAAAUAACAAAGCACUGAAUAAGGAGUACGAAGAGUACGUUCUGACAGUGGGUGACUUCGACGAGAGGGUUUUCCUAGGAGCUGAUGCUGAAGAAGAAAUCGGCACUCCUCGGAAAUUUCCUGCAGACGUACCAGUAGGGAAAACAGCAGCCCGAGCUCAUGUGGAGUGUCAUCUUCAGCAGCAUUUCGAAAAGAAAAGAUCGUUUGCACCUUCAACUCCACUGACUGGAAGGAGAUACCUACGAGAAAAGGAAGCUGUCAUCACUCCUGUUGCUUCAGCAACACAAAGCGUGAGCCGGCUGCAGAAUAUCGUGGCUGGAUUGAAAAACGCCCCAAGUGAACAACUUCUGGCUAUUUUUGAGUCUUGUGCACGCAGCCCUAUGGAAAGCAUUGUGAAUAGAGUGAAAGAAAUCGGUGAGACCUUCUGUCGCAGCUACACUCAGUCAACAGAUGAACAGCCAGGAUCUCAUAUAGAUUUUGCUGUAAACAGAUUAAAGCUGGCAGAGAUCUUGUACUAUAAAAUCUUGGAGACUGUAAUGGUGCAAGAAAUACGAAGACUGCAUGGGAAGGAUCUGACUGCUGUCUUGGAACAAGAUGUCUUUCACCGCUCUCUCAUGGCAUGCUGCUUGGAGAUCGUGCUUUUUGCAUAUAGCUCACCUCGUACCUUUCCCUGGAUCAUUGAAGUCCUUGACCUCAGGCCAUUCUAUUUCUAUAAGGUCAUUGAAGUACUGAUUCGGUCUGAGGAAGGACUUUCCAGAGACAUGGUGAAACACCUCAACAGCAUCGAGGAGCAAAUUCUUGAGAGUCUGGCCUGGACUCGGGACUCAGCACUCUGGAGUGCCCUACAGGCCUCAGAAAACAAGGUCCCAACCUGUGAAGAAGUAAUAUUUCCCAGUCAUUUUGAAGCAAGCAAUGGAGGAAGUGGGCUUGGGCAUUUGCCUAUGAUGCCAAUAUCUCCUAUAAUUCAUCCUCGAGUAAAAGAGGUUCGGACAGAUCUUGGUGGGAGUUUGAGACGAGACAUGCAGCCACUGUCACCAAUCUCUGUUCAUGAGCGCUACAGUUCUCCUACAGCUGGAAGUGCUAAGAGAAGGCUCUUUGGAGAUGACAACCCCAAAGAAAUGCAGAUGGAAAAAAUUUUAACUGAAGGAACUAAGUUGACAAUUGCUCCAGCGUCAAGUAUUGUGGCUGAAAAUGUGUCGGUUUCUCCUGGCCAAACAGUGCUGACUGUGACAACAGCUACAGUACCGGGAAAAUCGGGACAGAAAGUUACUAUUCCACUGCAUGGUAUUGCAAAUGAAAUGGGUGGGAUCACACUGAUACCCAUUUCGAUGAAUUUAGGUCAGCCAUGUAAAGUGGAGGCUCAGUCUCCCUGCCACCCUCAAGUGAAUCAAGCACAGGAGGUGCCUCUGUCAUCAGCAAGCAGACCAAAGAGAACGGGGUCCUUGGCACUGUUUUACAGAAAGGUUUAUCAUCUGGCAAGUGUGCGCUUGCGUGAUCUGUGCUUAAAGUUGGAUGUUUCCAAUGACUUGCGCAGGAAGAUAUGGACAUGCUUUGAAUUCACAUUGGUUCAUUGUGCUGAUCUAAUGAAGGACAGGCAUUUGGACCAGCUCCUCCUCUGUGCCUUUUAUAUCAUGGCAAAGGUAACCAAAGAGGAAAGAACUUUUCAGGACAUAAUGAAAAGUUACAGAAAUCAGCCACAAGCAAACAGCCAUGUUUAUAGGAGUGUCUUGUUGAGAAAUAUUUCUGCUGAUGUACUGUUGGACAAAAAUGCAAACCAAGAUGUGGAGAUGACAGAAGAGUCAUCCAUGAAAACUGGCAGUUCCUCAGGGGGAUCCGCAGCAGAGAACUCCAGUGAGUCAGGAACAGAGGAGAGAGGAGAUCUCAUUAAAUUUUACAAUGUCGUCUAUGUAGGAAGAGUAAAAUCAUUUGCACUGAAGUACGAUAUCACAAACCAGGAUCAUGUAGUGGAGGCCCCUCCGUUGUCUCCGUUCCCGAACAUUAAGCAGCAGCCGGUAUCUCCUCGGCGGAUCUCUCAGCAGCACUCCAUUUACAUUUCACCUCACAAGAACAGUGCCUGCCUGACACCUCGAAGUGCACUACUGUAUAAAUUUAAUGGGAGCCCUUCCAAGAGUUUGAAGGACAUCAACAGUAUGAUAAAACAAGGUGAACACAGGAGUAAGAAACGAGCGAUAACAAUUGAUAGUGACACCGAAUCCCCUACGAAGCGACUCUGCCAGGAAAAUGAUGACGUUCUACUUAAACGUCUCCAGGAUGUUGUCAGUGAAAGAGCAAAUCAUUAAAACUGCCGGUUUUCUGUGGGAUCUAAAAGCUGUGGAGUUGGAUACAGCUGUUGUGUUAUUUAUUUCUUGCUUUUCUGUACAGACCACUGCCAAGUUU